CUUAAUUCUUACACCAAAAAACACCAAGAUCCCUCUAAAAAUGGCUCAACACUCUUUUCUUCUCGUAUGCUUCUACCUCUCAAUCUCCUCGAUACUAAUCUUCGGGCAAACUGAAGCCAGCUCAAUCGAGAGUUUGGUUCUAAGAUCUCUCUACGACUCAAUAUUCAUCCACAAGGACAAUACCGCUUGUCCCGCAAAUGGUUUCUACACUUACGAGUCCUUUGUACAGGCGACGAGGCGUUUCCCGAGAUUCGGGAGCGUAGGAAGCCCCGAGAUGCGGCGGCUGGAAGUGGCUGCGUUUUUGGCUCAGAUUUCACAUGAGACUACCGGAGGAUGGGCAACGGCACCAGAUGGACCGUACGCUUGGGGAUUGUGCUUUAAAGAAGAAGUGAGUCCACAAAGUACUUAUUGCGACUCUUCUAAUACGCAAUGGCCGUGUUUCCCUAACAAGACUUAUCAAGGAAGAGGUCCAAUUCAACUAUCUUGGAAUUAUAAUUACGGACCGGCCGGUAGAGCCUUAGGAUUCGACGGUCUAAGGAAUCCAGAAACGGUGUCAACUAAUUCAGUGAUAGCUUUCCAAACAGCACUUUGGUUUUGGAUGACGUCGCAGAGUCCCAAACCGUCGUGCCAUGAUGUCAUGAUCGGGAGAUACCGACCUACGGAGGCAGAUUUGGCCGCUAACCGUAUCGGCGGUUUUGGUUUAACCACAAACAUUAUAAACGGCGGUUUAGAGUGCGGGAUUCCUGGAGACGGACGGAUUAAUGACCGGAUCGGGUAUUUUCAAAGAUAUGCUGGGCUAUUUAAAGUAGCGACUGGGCCUAAUUUGGACUGUGAAAAUCAAAGGCCUUUUGCUUAAAUAAUUAAUUUGGUUGACCCAAAAAUAUUACUUUAGUAUACAAAAAAGUCAACAACUGUGUAAGCUCACACAUGGAGCAAUGAAGGUGUUUAGUUUUAUUUUCUCUAUAAUGUAUAUUUCUGUGGGUUGUCUUUUGAUUUAAUGUGAUUUGAUGGUUUUGAUUUCAA